AGCGUCUCUUCCGGGGCUGUGCAGGCGGUUCUGCCUUUGCAGGGGGUCCCGUUAGCUGUGCGACAAGAAGGGGAAGCGUUCCCCUUGACGCUAUUUCAAAGACUACCCUUACUGGGGAGCGGAAUCGAUUCUGACCAAUCGGAGGCCGUUAUCAUUCCAGAAACCUCCCUCCCUGACCCUGACAGUUCGGUAAUGGUCACAGAAAUUUCCGGUUUCCUCCGGGAGAUGCAAGAAGUGAUUAUGAGCUCGGAAGGGCCCUGCACGGCGCCCCCUGCAGUUCAGGGUGAGCCUCUCACUAUUGAAAACGUGUCCAUCGAUACUGUAGUGGAGCCAUCUCCAAGUCUCCCCGAAGAGGAGGGGUCCUCCCUGCAGAUUAUCGCCUAUUUUGAGACCAUUCCCAACACCACCGUCGUCGCAUCAGAGCUGCCCGGCUACCCAGCCCCCAGCUCCACAGCCCUGAACACUGUGCUGUCAUCCGCGAUGACCCUCCCUAUUGUCUCCACCCUACCCAUCGUGUCCAAUCAGAGCGCGUCUCCCCACUCCCUGGUGAUGACCGUGGAGAAGGUGGACGGCUGUGACCUGGAGGACACGGCCAUCGGGAAGGAGCUGGAAGAGCACAGGUACCACAAGAACACGCUGAGCACAGAGCAGCUGGAGGCUGUCAUCGUGGGGCUCCAGAAGAAGGUGAAGAUCCUGCAGCAACGUCAUCGCAGGCACUUGGAGAAACUGAUCGCCAUGGACACCAUCGUCCAGCAACUGAAGAAGGAGAACCUUGUGUCCGAGCAGAAACUCAGACUGCUGGAGAUGGCCUAUCUCCAGACGAGCGCUGUCGUUUCUGAACCAGGGGAGACGGUGGCGAUCAUUUGUGAGGAAGACAACAGCACCUACGUUUACGCCAUCCAGCAGUCCGAAGAAAACCAGGAGAAUCCGAUCAAGGACUACUGAACAGAACGCCGUUAGAAUCAUAAGAGAUUCUGUUGGUCAGAAGUCUGAGCUGUGGGUCUCUAACUGGAAGCCUGUUUUUGCCUAGCAGCACAUAGAUGAAAAAAUAAUGUUAGGAAAACUUUGUCUGAAAGUGGUCUCUGAUACUGAAUGUGAAAACACCGGGUCUCUUACUUGACAUGUCAUAAGAAAGUAAUUAGCAGAAAAUCAAACUAUGCAUGAAGCAAGCCAAAGGAAGUGCAUUUGCCACUUUUUUUUAUUUUAUUUUUUUAGGUAAAUUAUAAUUUAAUUGGUCACAAUUUUUUUUUUCUUUUGGGGGGUGAGGGGGUGAUAACCAGGGUUGCGGUCAGUUCUUGUUUUUCAAUUCCCUUUUAAUCAAUUCUAAAACACUGAUCAAAAUUGCAAUUCUCAGUAUUCUGUUAAAACGAGCUUAUUAAUUAAAUGACUUAAAAUAAAUUAAAGCAGUUGAACAGUGACAACAAUUAAUGUGGCUCUAUAAAUAUAAACUAGAAGGAACUGGGAAUUGAUUUUUAAAAAGGUACUGGAAUACAAAUGGGAAAACUAGGAAUUGAUGCCCAACCCUGCUGAUAGCAACAGAAAUGUACAUAACAGCACUAUGAGUUAAAAGGGGAUAGAUGAAUUAUUUUGUUGCUGUAAUGAUUGCGAUAUGUGGCGUGCCGGAAAAGGGGUACACAGUGCUUUGUUGGUGUUUUCAACGCAGCUUCUUAAUCACCCGUGUUUGUAGGAUACACCUCCUGUCAGCAGAAAAUAUGAAAAUGUAUUUAUGAAAUGAAUUGUUUCCUCUUUAUUUUAUUUUUAUUAUUAUUAUUAUUAUUAAUUUUUUUGUUUUUUUUGCAGUUGCUGUUUCCAUUUUUCACUGCCGAACACUGUUUAGUUCGUAUUUUAAUUAAAAAAAAAAAAAACCUCUAGUCAGAUUUUGCAUUUUGACUUUUUACCUUCAUCAGAUUUGGUAUCAAGCAAUAAAUAAUGUUUGGGCGCUCAUAUUUACCUUGCAUUUGUCUAAUUCAGGAGGCGGCCAAAGUUAGGGCGUCAAGUCGUGGUCUUUGUUACAACCCUUGUCUAAUUUAUAUAUAUAUAUAGAGAGAGAGAGAGAGAAUGAAUUAAACCUGCAUUCAGGCCCUUUGGGUGAAAAUAA